GCUGCUGCUGCUGCAGGAGGAGGAGAAGAAGAAGAAGUUGGCGCUGUUAGCUCAACACUCAACUUUACAAACGGAGUCGUCGUUGAGCAGUUGGACCGGAGGGAUGGACAUCGACACGGCUUCACCGGUAAACACACCGACCGACCUCCCGUCCUAACGCCAACCGGAGAGUCUCACAGCGAAGCUGUUAGUGGAGCUAAGCUAACGGUGCUAGCCUCCAGACCUGACGGGAGCGACCUACCCCACCAGACUCCAUUCAGAAAACACAGCAUUUAAGGACCGGCGGCCAGUUCUCUAGCGGUGCACACUAACGUUACCGGACACAAAGAUGAUAGAACACGUUAUUACGGUGCCGCCGUUAAUUCGGCCUCAACCCAACAGAACUCCGCUCCAGUUAAACGUUAAUGAUCCGGUAAAGUUUGGUGCUGCAACAAGACACAGUGAGGACAAACAGGACGCAGCCAAAGACGUUCGGAUCAAAAUGGAACCAGACGGUGAUGUGGAGAUCCAGUCGUAUCCCGUCCUCAUGAAGCUUUGCGUCAAACUGACCGACUGCAGGCUGUGGCUACAGGGGCGGGACUUCCUGUCUCUUGACGACCACCCUCAGCUGUGUCCCCAGAGGCCAAGGCAGCACCGGCCGACCAACACGGGCAGGAAGAUGGUGUACUGCUGCGACUGUAACAAAGGCUUUUACAAACAGUCCCACCUGGAGGCUCACCACAGGACCCACCGAGGACAGAAACCCAACGAGUGCUGGCAGUGCGGGAAGACCUACCCGACCCUUAUGAGCCUCGUCGUCCACCAGCAGAUCCAUGACCGCAAGGAGCCCUACCGCUGCUCCUACUGCGACAAGACCUUCGCCCUGAAGAGGGACUGGAAGACCCACCACCGGACACACUCCGGCACCAAACCCUUCAAGUGCUGGUUCUGUGGGGACGGCUUCAGCGAGCAGGGCGAGCUCAACGAUCACCUGGAGCAGCACAAGGGGGAGAAGUGCUACCACUGCAAAGUCUGCAACAAGAUGUUCGUCUCCUACCAGGGCUUCAACUUCCACCGCAAGUCGCACAAGAACCCGAAGCCGCUGCCCUGCCUCAAGUGCAAGAAGACCUUCAGCAACCCUCAGAGCCUGAAGCUCCACCAGGUGACCCACUCCAACAGGAAGCCGCACAAAUGCUCCACCUGCGGCAAAGGCUUCAAGCUGCUGAGCGGCCUGCGCUGCCACCAGCGGACCCACGAGGACCUGAAGGACUACCACUGCACUGAGUGCGGCAAGUGUUUCUCCAGCCUGCAGGGGCUGAAGCUGCACAACCGCACGCACACUGGACUCAAGCCCUACAAGUGCACAGAGUGCGGGAAGAGGUUCACCCAGUCACCGCACCUCAAGUCUCACAUGGUCACCCACACCGGAGAGCGACCGUUCCUCUGCAUCACCUGCGGCAAGAGAUUCACCCAGUCGUCCCACCUGAGGUCUCACAUCACACUGUUCCACGUGGGCGAGAAGCCAUUCACCUGCGACGACUGCGGCAAGAGCUUCACCAUCGCUCACUACCUGAAGAUGCACCGGCUGAGCCACACCAAGGAGAAGCUGUACCAGUGCUCAUACUGCGAGAAGUCCUUCUCCUACCACAACUCCUGGAGGGCCCACGAGAGGAUCCACACCGGUGAGCGUCCCUUCACCUGCAGAGACUGCGGUCAAAGCUUCAUCACGUCGGGCUCGCUGCUGAGCCACCAGAGAUCCAAACACACGGGAGAGAAGAGCCACUACUGCAUCACCUGCGGAGAGUUCUUCUUCACCAGCUCGCUGCUGCGGGUCCACCAGCUCGACCACACCGGAGAGCGGCCGCAUGCCUGCAGCUGCGGCAAGACCUUUAAAACCAAAGGAGUGCUGCGCUACCACCUGAAGAGGUUCAUCCACCACCGGCCGGCCCAGUGAACGCCUGCUGCUGCUGCUGCUGCUGCUGCUGCUGCUGCUGCUGGGAGUGUGUACGGAGGGCGGGGACAAAGGGACAGGUGCAUGCAGGUGGUCUAACAGGAAGUUAGUUAUUGUAGUUUAUCGGCAGAGGCACACAGAUCAUAGAGAUGAAGAUACUCCAACAGUUGUCUUCAUCACUCAGUGAAACACGUGUUGAUAUCAGUCAGUGAGGCUUCAUCUCUGAGUCAUCGUCCAUAAAUCAGCUGAGAAAUCGGAGAACAAACAGUUAUCCUGUUUUCUCCAGAGACAGUCGCUCCCUCCACGACAAUCCCUAUCAAGUCUGCACGACCAUGUCAUUUUGUCCAAUCACCACAACUUCACCACAAAUCAUUACCACAUACCACAGAGUGUUUAAAACAGUCACAUCUGGUUUUAUUGUAGAGCUGCGUGCAGCUCACUGAUCCGCUCAGCCCCACUCUGUUUGUCAUGACGCUGCUGCUGCUCUGGGACAGACUCACUCGCACAGUGACAGGGAUAACUGUUAGCGUCUCACGGCUAAUGCUACCCAGUGUUUAUGAAGGGGUUUAAUGACAGAGUCGAGGUGUUAGGGCGUCGAUGUGAGCAACACUGGAACUCAAACAUGCGAGGCCCUUUUCCUGCAGCUCAGAGCAGGUGAAUCUGUCACAGUAAGAACACUCAUCAUUUAAAACACACAACCACAUUUAAAGGUCCAGUGUGUCAUAUUCAGGAGGAUUUAGUGGCGUCCAGCAGUGAAGAAACUACUCCUGCUCAGAAUUCCUUCAGUGUUGAUUGUUCAGGAGCUGAAUGAUUCUCAGAGGAACAGACCAGGAAACACUCUGAAGGAAGACGUUUCACUGUAAAACAUCUGUUUCUCAGAAGCUGUCUGGCUCGUCACAGCUGGUCCACUCCGCACAGCACCUGAUAAUGUCCGUUCAACUUUUUUCUCUUUUAACUUCACAUUUAAAUAAAAUCAUAGUUUUUCUGAUGCUGCUCAUCAUGGAGGAGCUGCUAACCACGGUGUCCAACAUGAACACAUGAAUGUCUCUAUCUAGAGUCAGUGUUUGGUUUGUCCGUUCUGGGCUACUGUAGAAUCAUGGCGGUGCAACAUGGUGAUCUCUGUAGACAAGGACCUGCUCCCUGUGUAGAUAUAAACAUUAGAUUAGAUUCUAUUUAAAUCUGACACACUGGAGCUUUAAGUGUCGACUGUAGAACGCUGUACGCAGAUUAGUGUUUAACUGUUGGAACUUUCUGACUUUUCAAACUAUCAAGUGUCUCAAGCUGUCAAAGGCACAGCGGACUCUUCACCUGACGCUGACGCCACUGUCUGCCUCAUCUGUAAUGGAUUCUAUUCUUCCUGUAUCACCAGGUCAGCCUGUGUCAUCCUCACCGACCUGUCUGUCACCUUCCAAAUUUCACUCUGACGGUUGUAACAAAACAAACUUCGGACCAGCAAAGAUUUUUUCAAAUAUUUGUCUUAGUUGACACCAAUAUGGAUUCAGAUAUUUUUUUUUAAAUUCUUAUCAUGGUAGAAGAAAGUCCUAAAAAAUAUCACAACAUACGUCCCAAUGUUUUGUAGACAGGUUGCAGUGAGAUCAGACGUUUCAGGCUGCAACAAUCACAAAACAAGUGAAGUCGUUGAGUGACCGAAGAGCUCCGAGUCAAUCAGGUCAGAUCACUACCCACGUCACAGCGAUUUGUUGCUGCUCAGUUAUCAAAGGCUUCUCUCAUUGUUGUGGUUCUUUAAGGUCAAAGCUGCUUCUGAUGAACUCUGAACAUUUUAGUUUUUGUUGUUCAACCUUCCUGUUCUUUUUUUGUUUUUAACAGAAAAUGAAAUGAUGUAAAUGAUUAAAACGUCUUCUCUGUUUAAAAACUGUUGUUACAAAGAAUCAAACACUAAGAAACACUCCGGAGACAAAAGUCCUGACACACAGAUCAACUCAGCGUUUUAGGAACGAUGUCUCAAACUGAAUCACUGACAGAUCGACUUUAAAGGAACAGUCCAACAUGUCUGUUCAACUGUCCUGUGUGGGUUGUAGUGCCAACGUAAACCAUCACUAUGAGGACUUUUCUGUAUUACGGGGACAUUACUACAUUGUGAGGACAUUACUACAUUGUGUUUGGUCCUCACCUCUUCAGAGGAAUGUUUCAGGGUUCAGGGUUAAGCUGCUGGCAGGUGAUGACGAGGGCAGGUGAUGACGAGGGCAGGUGAUGAGGGCAGGUGAUGGCGGCAGGUGAUGGCGGCAGGUGAUGAGGGCAGGUGAUGAGAGCAGGUGAUGACGGCAGGUGUCUCUGUGAAUGCCGGCAGAAGUGAACGUAACAUGAAGCUGCAGACUGAAACAAAACAACAGAAACCAGCGAAACGACCAAAGAGUUUUACGUAUGUGAACAACUUCCUGUCUGAGGUUUGGCGGACAUGGUGUCACAGGUCCAGUUUUUUUGUCCUGAUAAGUUUCCGGCGCUGUGACUCAGACACCGACAUCAUCAGCUCCUCCUCAUGUCGUCUCUCUGCUUCACUGAUGCUGUGAAGCAAAAUCUGUGCACGCGGACGGCAACCACUUUAUCCCCUGACGGCUGUGUUUAAAACGCCGAGAGGUGAUGAGUUACCACGGCGAUGUGGCGGCAGCUUCAGGAGUGAUGGAAUGUAACAGUGCGUGUCAGGUCAUGGAUGUUAAAACAAACACGUGUGAAACACUUUGUUACUUCCUGGGUUCAACAUUGUGAACUGAACAAGUUUUUUUUCUUUAAUCUCUGUUUGUGUUUUGGUGAUGUCAUCGUCCAGCUGACCUCGGGUCAGAGGUCAAACGUGUCCCAGUGACCUUGCCCUCAGCAAAGGCUGAUGGGACAGAAUCUGAUCACGUCAGACGUACAGGCGUCAGAUCUGAUCAGCAGUGACGCUGAACUCUCGACUGAACGACUCGACUUCAUCCUCCAAUUAAAAUCAAGUUUAAAAGGCUUCAGCCAAUCAGGUGACUCCACUGCCAACAGGGACCUGACGCAGGACUUCAUGUGUAGACUUGAGACUGACUCGUGACCUGGUGAACAGUGACUCGGUCCUGUAUGAACAGAAACACGUUAAACAUCCUGUUUCAUCAUCAUCAUCAUCAUCAUCACGUUCUUUCUUCUGUUAAACAAUAAAAACUGAAUAUUGAA